CUCGUUUGUAGACUAUCUUUUGUUAUUGUUGCAUAUUGCAUGUAUACCUCUCAUAACAAGAGCCAAGCCAUGCUGCACUAUUUAUAAGGGCGGCAGCGCAUGCGCAACGAGAGCGCCGCUCCGCUCCCACUGACAUGAGUUAAAUACGCACAGAGAGCGAGAAUACACCUUGCAGGCGAGCCACGCAGCAAGGAAUCAGUGAAUGUAGAAAUAACUUCUGCAUGGUGAUUAAUAUGACAGCACGCGCGGAAUAUGGGAGGUAGUGUGCGUGUGGUGUUGAAGGUGACAUUCCCAUGGCCAGAACCAGCGCGGACGGGCAGCUCCGUCAGAACAACAGCAAACUGGACUCUUUCCUCAAGAGGAACACCAGUCGGGAUGUGUACGAGCGGAUCCGGGUCUACGAGCCGUGUGUGGUGGUGUCGGGCUCGGUGAAGAAGGUUUUCAUGCAUGUGAUCCUGAGCGAUGAGCGCGUGUAUCUGAGCGAGUAUCACCCGCGCGCGCUGCGUGAGGCGCUCAGCUUCAGACACAUCAAGAGCAUCGAGCUGAUCAAUGAUUUGCCUGAUUUCCUCAGCGGACAGGAUCGUGAACGCUCACUGCAUAUCCGUGUUGUUCACACCACAAAGAAUCCUGGGAAAAUGAGCUCAAGACCCAAAGGAUCCGGUCAGAAUAAGCCAUCAUUUCCAGCGCAAGGACGCAACUCGAGUGCCCGUCAUUCGCUGGAGGGCAUGAGUCCCGUCCUCCUGUCGGCUGAGUCCUCGAGCUGGAGAAUCUCUCCCACAUCAAUGAGUGAUGGUGGUCUGGAGGAAGAGGAAGGCAGCGUCAUUCCGAAGAGACGUUCAGCUUCCUGUCCGAACCCAGAUGUUUUGGCUGUGUCUGUGUUUGAUAGCUCUCCCGCUCACUCCUCCAGCUCCAGUGACCAGCGAGAGAGUCCCAGCGCUUCAGUCCCGACAGCACUGAUGAGGAGAACAACAACAGAGAAGCAGGAGGAGGAGAUAGAGGAAGAGUUACACCUUUAUGCGGUAUCUCCAUCAUCCCGAAUAUACCUUCACCUGCAGAGCGCCUGGAGCAGCUACAUCAUUCGAUCAACUUUGAUGCUGGACCCAGUGUACAGGAAGAGAUGUGGCAUGUCCUCCUCUUCUCCUCACAAACAGAAAUAUCACAAAAUCAGCUGGGAACGGACGUGUCACUUGUUCAGUCAGUUGAGCGGAGAGCUGCUGCAGGAGGACGUGGGCCUGGAGAGUCUGUAUUUACUCCUGCAGGAGCUGCACACGGCCACCAACCGCAACCUCACCAUCAAAAAACUCUUCUGGAGGGUAACAUGCAGCUGUGUAACAUGCACUCCUCAUCCAGAAAUGAACAUUUCCCUCACAAAAUCCUUUUUAUUUGCUCCUCAGUCACCGGACCUCUAUCCUUUCCUGGUGAAAACGCUGGCUGAAAGCUCUCAGAGCGGCCAGGAAGGAGUCCAUGCAGCCGACAGACUUCUGCUUUGCACGUUGGUGGUUCAGAUAUUAAGCCUGAUGUUCAGGGAAACAGAGAUCGAAGAGACGAGGCUCAGCAUGCUGACGGCCAAACAGGGAGCUCUUACGGAGAACAUGCUGCUCGCUUUAGUGCGUGAUCCAGAUCUCCAGCUGCCAGACUCUACUAACGGCUCCAAAUCUUCAGUUAAUAAGCUGCAGCGUCUGCAGGCAGACUAUCUGGAUGCGGCUUCAGCGCUGCUGUUUGAGGUGGUUGUGUUCUGUCAGGAGGCCAGUCGCACACCUGCUCUGGGACAUUUCCUCACCAUCGGCUGGGUGUUUCGCUUGCUUAAACCACAUCCAUUCUUACUCCCGUUUGUGGGCUAUCAGGCCCAGCAGGUGGUCCUGCUUCUCUCAGGUGCUCAGGAUGCGCUCAGCCCAUCUCAGGCGGUUCUCCUGUACCAGCGCUGCCAGGUUUUGUUAGCCUGUCUGCAGCACUGCACCUGUUUGAGCAAAUAUAUCAGGACGGGAUUCAAGGAGGAGUUCAGGUACUAUGUGAAGACGUCAGGGCUGGAGGACAAACUGCCCCAUCACUACCCCAUCAGUCAGCCUGCCCAGCGCCUCCUUUCCCAGCUCCUCAGUCUGGUUCUCCUGAAACCUUGAGCUCUGGCUUUUUUCCCUUCUGUUCCUCUGGCACUGAGUUUCUUAUUUCUGCAGACAGACGUGGGAAUAUGCCUUUGAAUGAAUAUGCUGCACUUUAAGAUUGAAUUCAAGUCUUGUAUCGUGUCUUACUGUGUGUUGAACAGAGACUGCGGGAUUUUACUCUGUUUGGCAUAUUGCCUUUGUCUACACUCAGGAUUAUUAUGACUGUAAUAUGUGUUACAUAUCAAACAUCACAGAACAGAUUGAUAUAUUGAACUAUUUAUUAGAUAUGAAUAUACAUUAAAUAGACUGAUAUCAAAUUGCACUUUUCAGUUAACAAAUUCAGGUUUGGCAGGUCACUCUUAUAUGAGAACGAUCACAGUAUUAUUAUAUGAAUAUCUUCAUAUUUAUUACACUUACUGUACUUUAAGGCACUGGGACAGAUGCACUUGUUUAUUUUGGUUGUUUUUUGUUUGGAUGCACUUUUUCUCUAUAAGUACUGAUUUUCAGGAACUCUAUGUACCUCAAGGCCUCAAAUUAAAAAUAACAAAUAUUUUAAAAAAACAUUUGUGUGUCUGUGACAUUUUUAUAAACCUAAUUGUUGAAUGGGUGUUUUUGUAUAUGCAAUAAAUAA